AAAGCAGUGCAGUUAAUGGACCUGAAUGUGGAACCCUGCGACGAUUUUUAUAGGUACGCAUGCGGACGGUACAUCAAUGAAACGAUCAUUCCGGAUGAAAAAGUGUCAGUUGACACGUUCACCGCCACUAACGAUCGCUUGCAACAACAGCUAAGAUCGUUGAUUAGCGAAGAGAUCUCCGAGUCGGAUGCUGCACCGUUCAAGCUUGCCAAGAACUUGUACAAGCUGUGCAUGAACAAAACGCGUAUCGAGGAAAAGGGCAUUGAACCCCUGCUUUCCAUUCUGGACACUCUUGGUGGAUGGCCAGUUCUCAAGGAAGAUAGCUGGGACUCGGAACCGUCCUGGUCAUGGGAGAAAUCGGCUAAAGAUUUCAACGAUAAUGGAUUCAGCACAGAUUACAUAAUCGAUUUUUCCAUCGCUGGUGAUUUGAAGGACACGACUCGUCGUAUGAUUGAUAUCGAUCAAUCUGUGCUGGGCCUUCCCCGAGAGUAUCUAGUAAAGGGUAUAAAUGACCCUAUCGUAUCCGCCUACUACGACUACAUGGUCGAUUUAGCCGUUCUGCUCGGUGCAGAUAAGGCGCGAGCCAAGCUAGAGCUACUCGAAUCACUGAACUUCGAAAUGACGCUGGCCAACAUUUCCCUACCAAGAGAGGAGCGGCGUAAUGCCACCGCCUUAUACAACCCCAUGACGGUCAAGGAGUUCCAACAACGUUAUCCGCACACCGAGUGGGUGGAUUACUUCAAUGCACUUCUUAUAAGCUCCGGGAUCGUAAUUGACGAAAACGAAGUGAUUAAUUUGUGUGUGCCGACGUUCAUGGAACAGCUUGGUCCGCUGCUCCGGAAUACCCCCAAGCGGGUGAUGGCCAACUACGUGAUGUGGCGCAUCAGCUGGUUAUCGUCCUACUUCCUCACCGAAAAUCUGCGCAAACGCGACCUGGAAUUUACCAAGGUAGUAAAUGGAAAGCAAGAAGAACAACCGCGAUGGAAGGAGUGUAUAGAUGUUACCUCCGGCAGACUGCCGAUCGCGGUUAGCGCAUUGUACAUUCGCAAGUACUUCCGGGAGGAAUCGAAGCGCGCCGCCCUGGACAUGGUGAAUGACAUCAAGAGUGAGUUUGUGAACAUUCUCAAGAAGGUCGACUGGAUGGAUGAUGUGACGCGCGAAUCGGCGCUGGAGAAAGUCUCCACCAUGGUCAACCACAUUGGCUACCCGGAUGAGCUCAUGGACGAUGGCAAGAUCGCUGAAUACUACAAAAAUCUCGAGUUCCAGCCUAGCAGCACCUACCUUAACGCCAUCCUUCUUACUUUCAAAUUCGACACAACGACGGAAAACAAGAGGCUGCGCUUGCCGGUCAACAAGACCGACUGGGUCGACCAUUCAAAGUCAGCUGUUGUAAACGCUUACUACAACUCGAUCGAAAACAGCAUCCAGUUCCCGGCCGGUAUUCUCCAGGGUCAGUUCUUCUCCCACGAUCGCCCGAAGUACUUGAACUACGGUGCGAUCGGAUAUAUUAUAGGACACGAAAUCACGCACGGCUUCGACGACCAGGGUAGACAAUUUGACAAGGACGGUAACCUUGUCGACUGGUGGCAGGCGGAUACUAUGAAGGCGUACCUGGAGAAGGCCCGAUGCAUCAUCGAGCAGUAUGGUAACUACACCGAGCCGAACGUGAAGCUGAACCUGAACGGUAUCAACACGCAGGGCGAGAACAUUGCCGACAACGGUGGCAUCAAGGAAGCGUACUAUGCGUACCGUCAGUGGGCCGCCAAGAAUGAACCGGAAAAGCCCUUACCGUUUUUAAAACUCAGCCCGGAGCAGCUAUUCUGGCUAUCGGCAGCACAGACCUGGUGCAAUCUGUACCGCCCGGAGACGAUGAAGAACCACAUCACUACGAGCUCCCAUUCGCCUGGCCAGUUCCGAGUGCUUGGCCCGAUGAGGAACAUGAAGGAGUUUGCGAAGGAUUUCAAUUGCGUGAGCGGCUCCAAGAUGAACCCGGUAGAAAAGUGUGAAGUUUGGUAG